CAAACGCGAAAUGGCGAGCGUGCUAAGAGGCCCGUUAGCAAUAGCAUCAUGGGCUUUUAUUAAUGUUUAUUUCCCCAUUAUUCCAGUUUGGAAACGGUUGCACAGAUUGUACUUUCUGGAGAGAGAUCAGGUGAAUUAUGGAGACAGAGGUGGAGGUGAAUGGCAGCAAUGAGUACCCAGCGCUUUACAAAGUCAUGAUGGAAAAACUAAAUGAACAACGACAGCUAGACCAGUUCACAGACAUUACUCUUAUUGUAGAUGGACACCAGUUCAGAGCCCACAAAGCAGUUUUGGCAGCAUGCAGCCAGUUUUUCCACAAAUUCUUCCAGGAUUUUACUCAGGAACCUCUCGUGGAGAUAGAAGGAGUGAGCAACACAGCCUUUCACCAGCUGAUGGAGUUCACGUACACAGCCACGCUAGUUAUAGCAGGGGAGGAUGAGGCAAAUGAUGUGUGGAAGGCUGCUGAAUAUCUCCAAAUGCAGGAAGCCAUCAAUGCACUCAGCAAGUUAAAUGAAGAGUCUUCUCUGGUGGCGAAGAGCAAAGGGGAAAAGAGGAAUAUUGCUGAGACAUCUAAUGUAAUUACAGAAACCCUUCCAACAGUAGAAGGGGAACAGGUGGAGAUUGAUGUUGCGGGUGAAGAGUCCAUUGCGGGUGAAGAGUCCAUUGAGGUGAUGGAGUCUGGGUUGGAGGAGGUGGUGGAUGAAGCAAAGUCUGCUCAGGCAGCAGCAGAUGAUUCCGCUUUGGCUCUUCUGGCUGACAUCACUAGCAAAUACCAGCAAGAGGAACCAGCAAUACAGGAUGUUUUGUAUCAGGAGGAAACGGUAACAGCCUCCAAGGUCCUGGAGAAUGUUGAGUUUGUUGAGGUCCAGAUUUCCCAAGUAGACAACACGUUUCGCUGCAACAAAUGUGACCGCAACUUUAAACUAUAUUACCAUCUUAAACAGCACCUAAAAACUCACCUGAGCUCAAUGGAGAAGCCCCAUGUGUGUAGCCACUGUGGUAAGGCCUACACACGGGAAAGCGCCCUGAAGCAGCACAUCAGCACGUUUCAUUUCGAUACAGAAGAACUGUCUCAAAACAGCCAAAGAUUUCUGAAGAAAGUGCAUGUCUGUGAAUACUGCAAGAAGCACUUUGACCACUUUGGCCACUUUAAAGAGCAUUUACGCAAACACACUGGUGAAAAGCCUUAUGAGUGUCCGGACUGUCAUGAGAAAUUUGCAAGAAACAGCACCUUGAAGUGCCAUAUGGUAGCAUGUCAGAAUGGGGCUGGAGCCAAGAAAGGACGCAAAAAGCUAUAUGAAUGCCAGGUGUGCAGCAGCGUCUUCAACAGCUGGGAGCAGUUCAAGGAGCAUCUCAUGUGCCACACCGGAGACAAGCCUAACCACUGCACCGAGUGUGACGUAUGGUUCACUCACCCCAAAGAACUAAAGGUCCACCUCAAAGACAUGCAUUCAAUUGAGGAUAAGACAGCUGAGCAGCUUGUCAUCUCGGACUCUGCUGCAUCUGCCGCUCUCGCCAUCGCCACGCAGAGCAUAGAGGGAGCCGAAACGGUUCUGUUGGAAGAUGGCAUCCAGGUCGAGCAUCUGGAAAUGGGCACUGCAACUGUCGUGGUGGAGGACGGAGUUGAAGGGAUGUGUGAGGAAGAUGUGGAGAGGUUAAAACAGGCUGGGCUGCAUAUCCAGGUGGUGCACGUGACCACGACUGACAUUGACGGGCAGCAGGUGGUGAACUCUCAGGUGGAAGUAGAGAUGGACAGUGAGAUGGUGAACCUCGAGGAAAUAGAACAAACAGUGGUCGUAUGAGGAUGUAAGCACUGGCUUUGUGUAUCUGAAGAACUCCCUUCCAGUACUGAGGAGCUGAAUUAUUCAACUGUAGACAUUUUAUUUUUGUAAUGAAGCCCUGCAUGAGGAAAACGUCAUCUCAGUAUGUGUAGCUGUCAAACUGUAUAGAUUCACACUUCCCUCUUUGAAUUCUGAGGUUUUCACCUAUGUAAAUAUGUAUUUAUUUAAAGGCUGUUUUCACAAAUUAAUUUUCACACGCUU